CUUGAUGAUGAGGCAUUCAAUCUCUUCUCAGAAAUGAAAAGGAAGGGUAUUCCACCAAACAUCGUCACCUAUACAUCUUUGUUUCAGGGUUUAUGCAGAUUAGGUCAGUGGAAGGAAGCGUCACGAUUCUUCAAAGAGAUGAACAGUAAUGGUAUCUCUCCAAACGUUCAAACCUUCAGUGCCCUUGUUGACUGUUUGUGUAAGGAGGGCAAGUUGAAGGAAGCUAAUCAAGUAAUUGAUAUUAUGACUGCUAGAGGUAUGGAACCUAAUACUGUUACUUACAAUUCGGUCAUGGAGGGUUAUUGCUUGCAAGGAGAUAUGGAUAAAGCAAAACGCAUUUUUGAUCUCAUGCUUAAGAAGGGCUCUAUUGUUGAUGUUUUUAGUUACAGUAUACUGAUAAAUGGAUAUUGCAAUAAAAGAAGAAUGAAGAAAGCAAUGUUGUCGUUUGAGGAAAUGACUCGUAAGGGAAUGGUUCCAGAUACUGUUACUUAUACAACACUUAUUGGCGGCUUUUGCAAAGAGGGAAGAAUAGAUGAUGCGCAAAACAUGUUCUCAAAAAUGAAAGUUGGUGGUCCACUUCCAAAUAGUCAUACUUAUAGUGUUUUACUGGAUGGACUGUGUAGAAACCCCCAGAUUGAUAUGGCUUUGAAAUUGUUUGGAGAGUUGGAAGGGAGUAGCUUGGAUUUUGGUAUCAGUCUCUACAAUAUUCUUAUCAAUGGUUUAUGCACGGCAAGAAGAAUUGAAUGUGCAAGGGAUCUCUUUCGCAGUUUUCCUUCAAAAGGACUUCAACCGGAUGUCAAGACCUAUACAAUACUGAUAAUUGCUCUUUCUACCAAGGGCCUAUUUAGUGAAGCAGAAGCAUUUCUUAGAGGAAUGGAAGAGAAAGGCUGUUCCCCAGAUACUGUUACCUACAACACAAUCAUCCAGGGAUGCACAAGAACUUAUUCAAGAAAUGAUAACCAAAGGUUUCUGUGCAGAUGAUUCAACAGAAAAAAUGAUAACUGACUUAAUUACUGAGGGCAAACUAGAUCCUGCUUUUCAUCCAGUGGAAAAAAAAAUCUGAGGGAAUUUAAUUUGCACCUUGAAAUGAACAAAAAAUUUGUAGAGAUGCGGAAAUUCUAGUAUUUUUAGUGUGAAAACUAGUUUAAGUAUUUCUGAUGGAAUGUGUUUUCAUUUUGAAGCGGUCAUGUGUUGUGAGUUUCUUGUUUUAUAAAUUUUCAAAACUGUUGUUUAGAACUGCAAAAUUCUUCAUCAUAUAUCUUGCCUUCUAAUAUACAUUCUGUAUCAGGAAACUGGAAUGAGGCUUGCUCUUUGAGGAAGAGAAAUAAAAGAAAAAGGUGUGGCAAAGGUUCACGGAUGUAGUUGGAUUGUAGUGGGACAGGGAACAAAUUUAUUUGUUGCAGGGGAAAAGUCUCAUCCAAAUGCUAUGAAAUCAUGGCAACUUUAAAGUAUUGGACAGCAAUAAUGAAAGAAGAGGGCUAUGUUGGUGACACAGAUUCUUUCUUGCAUGAAUAAGAGGGAGAGAAGCCCCUAUGGUAUUGACUGUUGACGCCAAGUGCAUAUUUUUAUUACUAUGCGUACUACAUCCCAAGGCCUCUCUCAGCAAGAUUACAAAGUAAACCAGAAUUACUAUCCCAGCAGUAUUCUGCAACUUUGCUCUGCACUUCCUUAUGUAUGCUGGGUUUGUUGAUGUGGAUAUUUAUGCCUGGAGGUGCUUUGUUUUACUACUUCGUUGAAGCAGAAACAGACACUGACAAAGAAGCCCUUCAUUCUUUGUCUCAAUAGUGAUUGGUUUCUUUGAUCCUAUUCACCAGAUCUGGUGGUGAGGUUGCCUAAUCAGCCAAAUGUUGGGUUCAAGCAGUAUGUUGAUGUGGAUGUGAAAGCUAGGAGGAGCAAGGAGCCUGGCAA